GACACGGUUAGGAGCCGGUUUCAGUGGCGUACGUACUGCGCUUUACCUUCUCGUUGACACUCAGAAUUCAGCGACCUCAGGUCUACGAUCUUCAUGUCUCGUUCGUUUAUUGACCGACUGCGUAUUUUCGUGAAAGCUGGGAGUGGUGCAGCGGGGAAUCCCACUAUUCGUGGUAAGGGUGGCAAUGGUGGAAGUAUAUACCUUGAAGUUAAAGAGGGUGCCACCUUAGACGCGAUUUUAAAACUAAGUCCGACGAAACGUUUUAAGGCUGGUCAUGGAUUGGAGGCCAGCAAGCGCCGUGGCCUUGUACUCGGACGUGACGGCGAAGAUGUUAUCAUCCCAGUGCCUCCCGGUAUCAGUGUGUAUACAGCUGCUCAGGGCAAAUCCACCCCCGUCAUGUUGGGUGAUCUGGACAGGCCGGAACAACGGCUCCUUGUCGCUCAGGGUGGCAUGGGCGGAAUACCCCAGACGGGAUAUCUUGGUACUUGUGGUCAGGCAACCUCAAUUGUUCUAGACUUAAAGCUAAUGGCUGAUUAUAGUUUCAUCGGCCUUCCGAACGCUGGUAAAUCCAGUCUACUGAAGGCGCUGUCCAAUGCAAAUGUGAAGAUCGCUAGCUACCCUUUCACAACAAUAAGGCCCCAAAUCGCACAUUGCAAAUAUGAGGACGGUCGAAUGAUCAGUUUGGCGGAUCUCCCUGGCUUGGCCGACAUAUAUGCGACAUACACAGGCAAGUCUGACGAUUCCGUAGCGCAUACGGAGGACGAUGCGCCAUCUGAUACAGCUGCCCAUCUUCCUCCUCUUCGUCAUACACACUUCCUUAAACACGUCGAACGGAGCUCCUGUUUAUUGAUGGCUCUGGAUUCCAAUGGAUUUCAGCGCGAUCAAACAAGUCCAUGGCGAAGCCCUUUGGCAUGCGCUUACCUGUUGCUGCAUUUGUUGGAGCGGUGGUCGGAUGGGUAUCUGUUGGAAAAGCCGAUUGUUUGCUUAUUAAACAAAAUUGACCUCCCCGACGCCAGAAAAGUUGCAGAGCGGUCACUUAAAUGGUUGGAAAAUUUGCGAUCAGAUGAAGCCAUGUCCAGUAGUGAUCUCCCUCCUGCUUUACUACCUAAGUACAUACCCACAUUUGCUAAUAUUCGCUUGGUGUCUGCUGCCAAGGGAACUAAUAUCCCAGCUCUGAAACUCUACCUCCGACAACAUUUGGACGAAAUUGAACUCCGCAAAAGAGCGCACCAUCUAGAACGCCUGGCAGAAGAGGAGGAUGCAGCAGCGGAGAAAUUCUUGUUUGAUCGAACUACCAAUUACUGCUAAUAUCCAUCGACUUGAGUGUAAAUAUACCAUUGAUUCUUUGCUCC